AUGACGGAAAUCGUAAUGAGCCAGACACCACCAAUCUUGCACGGUCCCUCAGAAAAGGAACGCAAAUACGACCGACAGCUACGGCUAUGGGCUGCGAGUGGUCAGGCGGCACUGGAGUCAGCGAACAUAUUGUUGCUGAACUCUGGGGCGGGGACAGUCGGCGCGGAGACAUUGAAGAACCUCGUACUGCCCGGCAUCGGUCGCUUCGCCAUCUACGACGAGGCAGAGGUUAGCGAGGCCGAUCUUGGCGUCAACUUCUUCCUGGACGACAGCUGUCUGGGCAAGCUUCGGUCCCAGAGCCUAACAGAGCUCAUCACAGAGCUGAACCCGGACGUGCAAGGUGGAUGGUAUCCGGAUGAGAACGUGAAGACGCUCGACUCGCUCCUGUCCGACUCUUCGGUGUUCACAGUGAUCAUGUACACACACCCAAUCCGCCCAGAGCAGCUCUCGAAGAUACAGGAUUAUGGACAGCGACACAAAACCCCGCUCGUGGCGAUUCAUUCAGCUGGGUUUUACUCGUAUUUUCAGAUUAAUCUUCCCGGAGCAUUUCCCAUUGUCGACACGCAUCCAGACGAGACAGCCACGACUGAUCUGCGGCUGUUGACCCCAUGGCCGGAGUUGGUAGCCUUCGCCGACGAGCUGACCAGGGAUAUUGACGGUCUAGACAACUAUGAGCAUGGUCACCUGCCAUAUGUGGUGAUCCUUCUCCACUAUCUUGAGAAGUGGAAGGCGGCACACGACGGCAAGUACCCCGCAACAUACAAGGAAAAGAUCGAAUUUCGGAAGAUUGUGCAGAGUGCGGCAAGAACCAAUAACCCGGAAGGUGGCGAAGAGAAUUUUGACGAGGCAGCUGGUGCCGUUUUGAAAACGCUUGUACCUCCUUCCCUACCGUCCGGCCUGAAAGAAAUAUUCGAGUACGAACAUACGGAACCUGUGGAGCAGAGGUCUGGGUUCUGGCUCAUCGCGGACGCUGUCAAGCAGUUCUAUGACAAGCACAAGUGCUUGCCGCUUUCGGGCAAGGUGCCCGACAUGAAAGCACAGUCGACGGUGUACAUCCGGCUACAGAACAUCUACAAGGACAAGGCCCGCAAGGACGCAGCUGAGAUACUGCAGACUGUGCAGGCCGCGCCGGGUGGCGAGCGCGUCGAUCCCGCAGAAGUGGAUCUCUUCUGCAAGAACGCAGCCUCCGUCAAGCUUAUCAAUGCUACGGGAGGGGGAGGCGACGCGAGGAACAGCAGGGCAGAGCGCCUGAGGUCAGCAGCAGCGCGCGAGUCCGCCGACGACGAGAACGCAGUUCCCACAUUCUCCUCGCUUUCCCUGAUGCCGAUCUACCUCGCGCUGCAGGCCACAGCCCACCACGUAGACUCGCCUCCCUCCGUGGACGCCAUCCUAGCGGCCAUCGCCGCGCAGCUGCCCGGCGCGGAGAAGAGCGAGCGGGUGGUGCAGGCCGCGGAGGAGGUGGCACGCGCCGGGGGAGGCGAGCUGCACAACAUUGCCGCCCUAACGGGAGGCAUGGUGGCUCAGGAGGUGAUCAAGAUUAUUACGAAGCAGUACAUACCUAUCGAUAACACAUGCGUGUUCGAUGGAGUCGAGAGCCGGUCCGGUGUCUUGAAGCUCUGA